AUGAGCUCUCAGGCAUUUCUCAAUUAUCCUCCGCCACGCGAAGGUCCCUCGGUGCCCUAUAAGAAUGAGGAACAGACCAUUCCGGUCUUCCGCGGUACACCACUGGCCAUCGGCGCAACAUUAAUUCACAAUAUCGGCUUUAUCCAAAGUCAUUUCUGGCGCAAUGCUGGUUUUGGCGUCAUUCGCGAGAUCCCCCACCUCAGCCAAUACGCAGGUCGCUACGAUCCAACCGUGAUUCCAAUCGGCGACACUAGCCAAAACAAUCCGAGAACGCCUGCUCCUGUGGCGCGAAGAAAAGGAGAUAACGGAUAUUAUACCUCUGCGGACUAUCAUGCGCUAUACUCUGCCGGCGAACUGACUCCGAUCGCCGUGGUUGAGACGUUACUCCCUCUGGUUCGACGCGAUGUGCAGCCGGCUGGAAAGCACGCUAUUGCCUUCCUUGAGUCGCAAGCCGAUGCAAUCCUUGCAGCGGCAGAAGCAUCUACCGAACGAUAUAAGAAGGGCCAAGCACUGGGUCCGUUGGAUGGAGUACCGGUCGCAGUGAAGGACGAGGUGCACAUCACCGGAUAUAAGCGUACACUCGGAACCAAGCUAGAUUUUAAGCAUGGCACCGAUGCAACUUCAUGGUGCGUGAAGCAAUGGCUGGAUGCUGGAGCUAUAGUGAUUGGAAAGACUACCAUGCACGAACUAGGACUUGAUACAAACAACAACAACCCAAAUUACGGGACUCCAAAGAACCCCCACAAUAAAGACUAUUACUGUGGCGGCUCAUCUGGUGGUUCCGGUUAUGCUGUAGGAGCUGGACUGGUGCCGAUUGCACUCGGUGCCGAUGGUGGCGGCUCAAUCAGGAUUCCAUCAUCGUUCUGUGGCAUCUGGGGACUGAAACCCUCACAUGGCCGAGUAUCCGGUGCACCAUCUCUGAGUCUUGCGCCCACUGUCGGCGUCCUCGGGCCCAUGGCAGCCAGCAUAGAUGAUCUCGCUCUGGCCUACCGCAUUAUGGCCACACCCGCGCCAGCCUCAGAAGACGCAAUCUCAUCCCAGUUCCCCAAUCCAGUACCGUCAUCUACUGAAACGAAGAGGACCAAGACCAUUGGUAUCGUUCGCGACUGGAUUGAUCGCGCCGAGAGCUCAGUGCGCGCUACCCUGGAUCGAGCGCUCGAAUAUUACCGCCAAGAAGGGUACAACGUUGUCGACAUUUCAAUUCCAUACCUCCCAGAAGGCCAGCGAGCCCACGUUCUGACCAUAAUGGCAGAGAUUGCAUCCGGUGUCGAUGCGAGCCAGAUCCGAGAGCUCACGGCUCCGAACAAAGUGCUCGUAUCCAUGGGCAUGUGGCAAAUCACUGCCCAAGAUUUGCUCGCCGCUCAGCGAUUGCGCAACUUGCUGAUGACCCAUUUGGCCCAUCUGUUCAAGGUUCACCCCGGGCUACUUAUCGUGACCCCGACGACACCCAUUCCCGGUUGGCACAUUGAUGGCGGUGAGGCAGAUUUGUCUCGGGGCUUGUCGGAUGGCAAAUCGUCUGUCCGUAAUAUGGAGUACGUUUGGCUGGCCAACUUUACUGGUUGCCCUUCAAUUAGUUGUCCCGCUGGCUACAGCUUGGAUGGCGGCGUGCCCAUCGGCGUGAUGGCCAUGGGCGAAUGGGGUUCCGAGGAGGACCUUAUUGUGUUUGCUCGGGAUGGUGAAGCUAUCUUGGAUCUACCGGGUAGCCGGUUCCCACUCGAAGAUGAGAACACAUUGUCCACUAUGAAGGGUCUCAGGAUUCCUUCAAAUCAUAGCUCGGUCUGGGAAGAUAUUAUUGGCCAAGCCAAGUCAAAAUAA